AUGUGGGGCCAGCAGCCGGUGCCUCAGCAGAUGCCCAUGCAGCCGCAGCAGCAACAGCAGCAACCGCAGGGCUUUGUGCAGCCGCCCCCCGGGGUUAUCCCGACGAUGCCGCCGACGGAUCCUAAGGACGCGGAGAAAGUCGACAAGAUGGCGGCGUACGUGGCCCGCAAUGGCGGCGGCUUCGAAGACAUCGUGCGGGAGCGGGAGAAGGACAACAAGAUGCUGUCGUUCAUCUUCGCGGGGGAGCUCCAUGAGUACUACAAAUGGUCGUUGCACUGCGCGAGGAUGGGUUUCUCUCCGGAACAGCGCCAUGCUCAGAUAGGGUUGUAUCACCACCACAAGCUGAUGGAGAAGCAGGCGAAGGAGCUGGCGAUACAGAGGAUGGUUGCCGCCGGGGAGAUGGUGCCGGGGGCUAACCUCGCUCUCGACGCGCAAAACGAGCAGCAGUUCGAGCUCCUCCUGAAGCAGCUGGUCGGGUCGCAGGACUCCAUCCAGGCGAGCAAGGACUGGGUGGUGUCUAGGCUGGGCCACUACGCGGUCAACAUCGCCUGGCGGCUGAGGGUCUUCGCGAAGGAGACCGAGGUGGCGGCGGGGGGGGAGGGCCCUAAGGCUCUUCCUCGAAGCAAGGCCUGCGACAAAGUGAUCCACGUGCUGUACCUUGCGAACGACGUUCUGUUCUCCAUCCAGCACCACCCUGCGGCAGAUAUCUUCAAGGCAGAAUGUCUGCGUCAGGUGCCCGGCAUCCUUCGGUCUGCUUGCACGCUGGACCCAGAGCUGACAGGAGGGAGCCUCGACAAGGUUGAGCGCAUCGUCCGCCUUUGGGGGUCGAACGGGGUCUUCACGCCCGCAGAGUGCGACAGCUUGCUGGCGGCCGGCGCCGGAGUGACCGCCAAGCACGCCUCUGCAAAGGCGAUGGCCAAGAAGGCCGCCAACGGGUUGAGAGAGCGCGCCGGCCGGGGGGGCUGGGACAGAGAAGGGAGCGGAUCGGGAACUCUAGGAGUAGCGGGCCCCACCGGGGAAGGUGAUACCGGGAUGGGUACCGGGACGUUAGCUCAGCCAAUGGGCGACCCCGAGUCCGAAGAGAGGCGUAAGAGACAGGAGGAGAGGGCGGAGCAGAGGAAGGCUGAGGAGAAAGCCGCCGAGGACGCUAUGGAGAGAGCACUUGCCAGGGUCAAGGCUCUCGCAGAAGGACCCGCCGCCGCCGCCGUCGGAGAAGCCAAGGCGGGAGUGGGCCUCCCCCUGGCCGUCGUGGUCCAAGCCGUGCCCACGCUGGCACCGGCACCCGAAACGAUGCCCGCGUGCCACGUUCAGUACCCCUGGCGGGGGGCGCUGUACCCGGUGAUGGGCAAGGCGCAGAGCGUUCAGAGCGACAACGCCAGCAAGUUCCCGGUGGCGGCAGGGUUGGCCAGCACGGCACACGGGACGGAUAACAUGCUCGAGAAGCUGCCUGUGGGCACGAUGGCCGGGAUCCUCAGGGUUUCUCUUCGGAAUGGGUUCCGCAGAUACAAGCCGGUGGAUAUCAAACUGCUGCCCAAGUACGUGACUCCUCACAUCGAGCCCGGGAGACUAGACGUCCGCGUGGAUGAGUUCUAUAGCCGGGCCACUCUCGAGCAAGUGCACGAAGAGCGGAAGAAGGAGAAGGAGCAGAGAAAACUGGAAGAAGAGAGGAAACUCGCGGGGAAAGAAGGCGGUGGGGGCGGCGGCGGGCAAAACGACAGGGGCCGCAGGAAUCGGGACGACGGGUUUGGGGUCGGAGGCAGCCAGCAAGGCCUUCGGGCAAAGCAGGCGCAGCUUGAGCUUGAGAGCGACAUGCAGGGCAGGGAAAAGGUUCUGGGCGAGGAGAACAUCGGCCACAACCUCCUCAAGAAGAUGGGAUGGAGCGAAGGCACCGGCCUCGGCUCGUCAAGAUCGGGCAUGGUGGAGCCCAUCUCUGGCUCCGGCCAGGCAAGUAUGGACAAGUCGGGCAUCGGGGGAGGAGACGGCAGCGUCAAGAAGAAGACGGCGGCGGCGGAACAGGAUGCCUUCGAGGCCUACCGACGAAACAAGAGCUACUCGUUCCGUAGAUUCUAGUACAGAAUGUAGGGCGUUCCUGUAUCAUUCGGGUUGUUGUUAUUGUCGUCCGUAGCGGUUUGCCAGACCCCUUGCUGGGUACUUCAAGGCGUCACGUACAGCCAGACGCGGGGUUUUUGUACUUACCUGCAUCAGAUGCGUCGUCAAUAGCUGUGGCGGUCGCCAGUUACUUCUGUAUUAUGCGAGAUGGGUAGGGUUAGAAGCAGGGGAGCACAAAGGAGCGUAGCAGAGGGCCGGUCAGUCCCAGCGUUUGCUUCCAGAGAUGUGAGCCCUGGCUGUGAUGCUCUUGUCGCGGUGACGCGCGAGAUGUAAGGUGUGCCCUGAGAUGGCCUGGCCUCGGUGCUGGAUGCCGUGUCUUGGCUCCUUUUGGUCGCUGCGGGGCUCAAGAGAUGGAGCAGCAAUUAAAACACCAUGCGGUGGUGCAGAAUAUGUAUUCGUCCUUGUCCCGCCCCCACCCGAAGGA